AUGAAGGAUAAUGGUGGUGCAAACGUAUGGGACCCAGUUAAGUUCACAUGCGAAAAAUUUGAAUGCAAGAGAAUAGAAAGCAGACUUGCAGUCUAUAUGUUGGACCCAGAUAUUUCAAAUGCUUUAGCUGCCAAAUAUAUUGCAGUUCCACUUAUGUUCCCUAUACACCAAAUAUCUGUCAAAGACUUUGCAGGUGAAGUUGGAAACCAAAGUGCUGACCCAGGUGCAAGAACAGAUAUUGCCUUAACAACUGCAAUGAAACAUGCAGAUACUAUGUUUGUACUGUUCAGACGAACUAUAAAUGACUAUUCUUGUUUCUACAACCCUGGUAUUAAAUAUCAUAUAAACAUAGAUGGCAAAUAUUAUCCAAGAGAAGAAUAUUCUACAGUUGAGGAUAUGAGGUCAUACAACUUGACAUUAGAUGCUAUGAACUUUAACAACAACUUCACAACAACCAUUAACCCUGAAAUGCAAAGUUCUAUUAUGCCAUAUGUGAAAGUAUGGACUCAUACAGGAGGUCAAAAAACUCAAUAUACAAAUGGAGACCGUUCAAACUUUUGGCUUGGCAUUCCAUUUGCUGACUCAGAAGACUUUAUGGGUGGUAUUUCAACUGUUGGUACAGUUCAAAUACAAUAUACUGGUGACAGAGACGGUCCAGAUGAAUUGAGAGCAAAGAAGUUUACAAAACCAAUAGCACUUUUCACGGAAGAUGCUCUUUUGAAGAUUCGUUCGAUGAAACCUGCUGGGGCUCCUCAGAUUGGCAUAACGACAGUUUCCAUCGAGCAGAUUUUGGCAGCAGGUCAGUAA